GUGACGGAGGGGCGGUGGGGAGGGUCUGUUUGGAGCCUCGGGUGUGUCGGGGCGAGGGGAAGGUGAGCUGACAGCUGGAGGGUGGUGAGGAAGGUAGGGCGGGAAACGUCGAGGGGUAGAGCGAGGUGCUGCUGCCUCCAGCCAGGCUGGCUUGAAUCCCCAGGAGAGGGACCGGCUCACUCGGGGGGGAGGCAGACCGACUCUGGAGGGACAGACGUUCCGCUGGGAUUUACUUUCCGGGAAUACUACCCCCACCCUCAGCCCAGCCCGCCGGGAUCGUGACCCGCCUGGAGUGUUGAUCCCAGGACCUCCGUGGCCGGCGGGGAGACGCAAUGGAGAAGGAGGCAGAGCCGGAGUGCAGGAGUAGGAGGCUGCGAGCCGUGACCAGGCGCCGCUACGAGGACGACGGGAUCUCGGAUGAUGAAAUCGAAGGCAAGAGGACGUUUGACCUGGAGGAGAAGCUGUGCAGUGACGCGUACAGUGCAAGUUUCGUCCGCUUCAUGGAUGGCAAAGAUUUCACCUUCCAGUACAUCCAGCGAGACGGGCUCCGCAGUCCUCUGAUCUUCAAGGAAAAGGACGGCCUCGGUAUCAAAAUGCCCGAACCAGAUUUCAGUGUUAACGACGUGAAGAUGUUUGUGGGGAGCCGGCGUCUGGUCGACGUAAUGGAUGUCAACACUCAGAAGGGGAUCGAGAUGACGAUGGCGCAGUGGGUGAAGUAUUACGAGACGCCGGCCGAAGAGCGGGAGAAACUGUACAACGUCAUCAGCCUCGAGUUCAGCCACACCAAGCUGGAGAACAUUGUGCAGAGGCCUGCAACGGUUGAUCUCGUGGACUGGGUGGAUAAUAUCUGGCCUCGGCAUCUCAAGGAGAGACAAACUGACUCCACCAACGCCAUCAUCGAGAUGAAGUACCCCAAAGUCCGCAAGUACUGCCUGAUGAGUGUGCGAGGCUGUUACACGGACUUCCACAUCGAUUUUGGAGGCACCUCGGUGUGGUAUCACAUCCACAGGGGGGGCAAGAUCUUCUGGCUGAUCCCCCCAACCCCGCUGAACCUGGAGAUCUACGAGAGCUGGGUACUGUCGGGCAAGCAGGGUGACAUCUUCCUGGGGGACAAGGUGGAGAAGUGUCAGCGCAUCGAACUCAAGCAGGGAUACACGUUCCUCAUCCCCUCCGGGUGGAUCCACGCGGUUUACACUCCGGAGGACACCCUGGUCUUUGGUGGCAACUUCCUCCACAGCUUCAACAUCCCCACGCAGCUACGCAUCUACAACAUCGAGGACCGGACGCGGGUUCCACUUAAGUUCCGCUACCCGUUCUACUAUGAGAUGUGCUGGUACGUGGUGGAGAGGUACGUCUUCUUCCUGGCCAAGUGCUCCCACCUGACCAAGCAGUUCCAGAAGGAAUCUCAGCUGAUCGACUCGGACUCUGAGAGUGACAGUGGCUCCUCCAGCAGCGAAGAGGAGGGGGACGGCGAGGGGGAGCGCCGGGGGGUCUCGGCCUGCCCCCCUCCCGAGGGGGGGUCGGCAGCCCCCGCUCCCCCUCCGCCCCCGCCGCCCCCUCCUCCUCCCCCCGGCCAGACCAACGGGCUGGGGGCAGAGGGCGGCGUGGCGCGGGCCCUGAAGCGCAGCCCCUCGAGCGAGUCGGUGGUCUCGCAGGACUCGCGGGCCGGGGGCUGGAUCCACCUGACCCACUUCGAGCGGAGCGGGCUGCGGGCGCUGGUCGACAGGCUGGAGUCGCUCCCGGAAAACAAGAGGUGCGUCCCGGACGGCUUGAUCGACGCCGAGUCCCUCCUGAAAGACAUGAAGAAAGUGCUGGAAGAGCACAUGAACGACGACCCCAAGCUGGCUUGUACUGGGUACCCCAUCAUCAGAUGGCCAAAGAAACGAGACAAGCCGAAGAUGGGGAGGCCGCGGUCGAGGCCGCCCCCCCUGCCCCCGGGCCGGCCGCCGGUGGUGAGGGGGGGUCCGGGCUCGCGGCGGAGGCGGAGGAGGUGUAAGCAGUGCGCGGCCUGUCGUCGGCGGGAGUGCGGCCUGUGUCACUACUGCCGAGAUAUGAAGAAGUUCGGCGGUCCCGGCCGCAUGAAGCAGUCCUGCGUGCUGCGACAGUGCGAAGCGCCCAUCCUGCCGCACACGGCCCUGUGCAUGAUCUGCGACGAGGGGGGCCAGGACGCCGAGGGGAAGAGCGGAGCACGGGGCGCCCUGAUGGAGUGUUCCACCUGCAGCGAGAUCGUCCACCCUUCCUGCCUGAAGCUGGACUCCUCCCUGGGGGUGAUCAGUCAGCAACUCCCCAACUGCUGGGUCUGCCCCAAGUGUGUGCAGCUGGAUCAGAGGACGCAGGAACGUCGUACCCUGCCCCUGAAGGCCUCCCAGCCGGACGGGGGCCACCAGUCACAGGCGGAGAGGCCGCGGCUGGCGGGGGAGCACGGCCGGCGGGUGCUGUCGGUGGGGGCCGUCCGCCGGAAGCUGGAGGGGCUCCCCCCUCCCCGCCACUCCGACUACCUGCUGAUGCGUAAGCGGAGGCUCGCGGUGGCCGAGCAGUCGGCUCGCAACAAGAUAAAACUCGAGAGGGAGCAGAUCCUAUUACGGACGAAGCGGAAAGCAGAGGGUGAUGUCGACCAUCCGGCCCUGCUGAAGUUUCCCCGUCCCGGCAGGGGAGGGGCGGUGUUCCGCGCCGACCGUCUGCGCCGUUGCCACCUCCGGCGAGCGCAGUCCCUCGCCCUUCACCCCUCCUCCUCCUCCUCGCCCCUCCGCCCGGCCCUCCCGUCCUCCGACGGAACGGCCGCCCACCCGCGCCUGUCGGACAGCGGCAAGGCCGAGCUGGGGGGCUCGCAGCCGCCCGUCCGCCUCCAGCGGCCCCCGGCCGACUUCCGGGGCUCGGGGGCCCCACGCCGUCCGCUCUCGGCCGGCCGGCCGCCGGGCAGGGGGACGGGAGGGGCAGAGGGAGGGGGCUGCCCCUGCGGCAGGGCCGGCCCCCCUCUGCCCUCGCCCAGCGGCAACCCCUCCGAGGACCAGAUGAUGCAGAGGCACGUGUGGCUGCUGGUGUUCCGCUACCUAACGCAGAGGGAGCUCUGUGUCUGCAUGAGGGUCUGCAAGGCCUGGAACAAGUGGUGCUGUGACAAGAGGCUGUGGACCCGCAUUGACCUGAGCCGGUGCAUAUCCAUCACCCCGCUGGCCCUGAGUGGCAUCACCCGGCGACUCCCCGUCAGCCUCGACCUGAGCUGGAGUAACAUCAGCCGAAAGCAGCUGACCUGGCUUAUCAACAGGCUGCCCGGACUGAAGGACCUCUUCCUGUCAGGCUGCACGUGGUCCGCCGUCUCGGCCCUGAGCAGCCACAGCUGUCCACUCCUCCGCACCCUCGACCUCCGAUGGGCCGACGGGCUGCGGGACCCCCAGAUGAGGGAACUCUUCUGCGCGCCAGACAAGCCAGGUCAGCUGGACAACCGGAGCAAACUGCGCAAUGUGACGGACUUCCGGUUGGCGGGUCUGGACAUCAGUGACGCGACGCUGCGUCUCAUCAUCCGUCACAUGCCCCUCCUCGCCCGCCUCGACCUCAGUCACUGCUCGCACCUCAGCGACCACUCGCUCAACCUGCUGACGGCCGUGGGGUCCUCCACUCGAAACUCUCUGUCCGAGUUGCACCUGGAAGGUUGUAACCAGCUGACAGAUGAGUGUCUGCACUACCUGAAGCGAAUCACCAACAUCUCCUCCAUCAACCUGCGCAACUGUACGCACAUCUCGCGGCAGGCGUGUGAGCACCUCCUCUCCGAGCUCUCCGUUAACGGGCUCUUCUGUCUGUCCGACGAAAGGCAGAUCCGCAGGAUCAGCUGAACAGGGUGGCCAGGGAGGGGAGGGGACGGGACGGGACGGGAGGGAAAAUUCUGCCACUGCCUGCUUUCCCGGGACCUGGUCAGUCCCAAAGCCUCCUACGUUCUCACCUUCCAUCUCUCUGCCUCC